GGAGUCAUCGCAUUUCCCAAAAUCAUCCCUUGCCAAUUUAGUUUCCUGGCCUGGGACUUCGUUGUCGCUAUUCAAAAUGUCAACAUCAGUUGAAAGCGACCGCGCUGCCUACCUUCUCGACGCGCAAAACAAAGCGGUGCAACUAUUUGAGGAAAUCGAACGAGACCUGAUUCGACCGGGCGUGAGUGAAAAGACACUCAGCACUGAGAUCCACGAGCUGGGAGCUAAACGCCAUGGAGUCCGUACUCACUGGCAUAAACGAGUGGUCCGCAGUGGACCAAACACCCUGAGUCCCUUCGCCGAGAACCCGCCCGAUCGCAUCAUUCAGCCCGAUGAUAUCCUGGUGGUGGACCUCGGCCCAGUCUUCGAAGAAUGGGAAGCGGACUUCGGGCGCACAUACGUUCUGGGAGAUGACCCGGCGAAGCUGAAACUACGCGAUGCGCUGGACCCCAUAUGGCACACGGUCAAGCGACGCUUUCGAGAGAACCCAGAUAUGACGGCGGAGGAAUUGUACGCCAUCGCCUGCCAGGAGGUUCAACAAGCGGGAUGGGAUUUCGGUGCUCCCAUCGCAGGUCACCUGGUGGGUUCUUUUCCGCAUGAGAGAAUUCCGAAUGAUAAAAUCAGUUUGUAUAUCGCACAAGGGAAUGGGGAUAAGAUGAUGGUUCCCGGUCGCGAUGGGCACAUGCGGCACUGGAUCUUGGAGAUCCACAUUCACGAUCGGGCGCGCGGAUUCGGGGGUUUCUGCGAGCAGUUAUUGACGGUGGAUUGAUGCGAUGUGCUGGAUGCGCCUAAUUAUCAUGUGGAGAAAACGUCAGCAGACAGGUCACGG